AUGGUCGUGCAACCUGAGCACACGGACACGAGCACGAUACCCUGGCCACGGCCCACCAUACCUGCGCUUUCCAAAACGACGUUUAUGCUAUCUGAAAGAGCAGAUACGGCGAUGAGUACACAACCUAUGACAGCACACUACCCCGGCUCAGACGGUAGUGAGAUGGCUCACGAGAGGGAAAUCAUGGCGUCGCACGAAUCAUGCUAA